AUGGCAGGUCCUCAAGGCGCUCUCGCAGCCGCCUUUAAGAUCAGCCGAGCACUACAAGCUGCCUGCUUGAUCACGAUUAUCGGAUUGACGGCGAACUUUGUCUCUGACAUGGUCAACGCCAAUACUACACCACCACGGAUACUGAUCGCUACACUAAGCAUCGUCUGCGUAGCAGUCCUAUACUGCGCGAUCACAUUCGUUUUGUUCCUCGACAACGUCCUCCCAUACCUUAUCGGCACUGGCAUUGACGCCGCUUUCCUUAUUGCGCUUGUUGUGGUGUCUGUUGUGGUUGGCAAACCGGUCAGCUACCUCGACUGCACCGUUCUGGAUGAUAUGUCGAAGGCGACUUCUAGCUCCUACGACUUCACGUCUGCGCUGGGCAGCAGCUUGACCAACAAUGACGGUCGCAUUGAUUAUUCCAAAUGGAUUGGCACGUCUCAGGCGACGUGUCUGGAAAUCAAGUCCAUCUGGGGGCUGAGCAUGGCGCUUUGUGUCCUGUUUGCGUUUUCGGGGAUCUGUACUGUCUGCCUGUGGAGGAAGGCCAAGCAACUUCCAUCAGCCAAGGGCGAAGCAUAG